AUGCAAGGCGACAUUGACGUUUACGACUGUUUGGGAAAGUCCCUAUUGGAUACUAUACUUUCUCUCUUGCCCUUUCAUGAGGCGGUGAAAACUUCCAUCUUAUCGAAAACAUGGCAGCAUGCAUGGACCUCUAUCCCUUACUUGGAUAUCGAUCCCUUCGUAACACUACCACCAGAAAGGAUGGAAGAAGAAGAAAAAAAAGCAACAGCUGCAGAAGAGAGUGAUCAACAUUGGGCCCCACUUGAAGGUGGUGAUGAAUGGAUCAUGAUCGUUGACAAAAUACUUGCAUCUCACCCUGGGGUUAUACAGAGAUGCCGUAUAUCAACCUGGUACUCCAAGAGCAGUUCUAAUGUAGACCGUUGGAUUAAGGACUUGAUGAAAAGGUUUAUAGCUGAGUUAGUCAUUGAAAGCGGUGGGUUGGGCUUCUCAUAUAAGGUGCCACAAACACUUUUUCAAUACAAGUCAUUAAAGAAAUUGGAGUUACACGGAUGCGCUGUGAAUCUCCCCUCUUAUAUAUGUUUGAAAGAUAAGAAUUUGAGAAUGCUGCAGUUGUACAACACCGAUAUCUCGGUAGAUACCAUUCAACGUUUUCUCUCAGAAUGUGGUUUGUUGGAGAGCUUGACAUUGCAUGGAUGGUACAACGUUGAUGUACCAUUUCUCAAUAUUAGCGCACCCCAUCUAAGAGACUUGGAUAUUAAUUUAUGUAGUUGCAGAAAAUUAAAACAGGUCUGCAUCAACGCACCGAAUCUAAAAAAUGUGAAGAUAGAUAAUUAUGAUGGGGUGAAAGUGGAAAUACAUGCACCCUUGCUUGAAACAAUUAAGUGCUCGGCAGCGAAUAUACCAGUGGAAUGCAGUGAGGAUGACGGAGGCAGUUGGGUCUAA